UGCCAUUUCCUCCUCCAGGGGACCCAGGGAUCGAGCUUACGUUGGCAGGUGGCUUCUUUACCAUUAGCACCAUCAACUUCGCUGGUAACCAGCUCCAAUUUAUUAAUUUUCAUGCAUUCUAAAUAUCAAUUAAUUAUACAAGUUAUUCAUUCUUUUAUUGACAGUGAUUUAAGUUGCACUUAAUAUUUCACUAUUACAAGAGAAUGCUACAAAGAACAUACUUGUAUAUGUUUAUUUGUUCACACAUGCAGGCAUCUCUCUCGGGUAAAUACUAAGUCUAAAAAGUGCUGUGUUAUAGAAUAUGUGCAUCUUCACUCUUACCACAUAUUGCCUAAUUGCUCCCCCAAACAGUUGUAGUACUUUACAAUUCUACCAGCAGUGUUAAGAGGAUUCUUAUUUUUCUACACCCUCAUUAUCAAGGGUACACUUUGCUACACUUCUGUCAUUCUGAUGGAUGUGACAUACUAUCUUGUUUUAAUCUGCACUUCCCUGAUGACUAGUGAAGCUUUGUCUUUUCAUAUUCUUUUCCUAGUUUUCUAUUAGGUUGUUAUUCAUUCUUGUUCAUUUUAGUUCUUUGUACACACUAGAAAUAAAUAUCUUGGAAAUUCUGUUUUGUAAAUAUAUCUUCCAGAUUUUGUGCCUUAUCUUUAAUUCAUUUAGUUUAACAUAAGUUUUAAAAUUAUAACAUCAUUAAACCUACCAAUUUCUUCCACUAACAUAUCAUUUUUAAAAAAUGUUUUCUGAAAUUCCAUCAACGUCAUGGACACACAGUCCUAUAUUUUCUUAUCAAAGUAUACCAGUUUGCCUUUUACAUUUAUAUCUUUACUCACCUACUAGAGUUUAUUUUUGUGUAUAACGAGAGGUAAUACUUUUUUUCCUAUGUGGACAGACAAAUGCUCCAGCACUACAACUUCAUACUGGUACAAAGUUUCCUCAUCUGUUCAUUUGAGUUCAAAACAAGCCGAAUAUGUAGGGCCUUUGACAAACACAUCCAUGCAGCUUAUCACUCACCACGCCCUUCCUGAGCAGCAUUAUUAUCUUAACAAAGCAGGUAACAUACUGCAUUCACUCUUCUUGAAAUACAGUCUCUUCACAUAUCCUGUUCUCUCUUUUCCUUACAAAACUGCAAACUUCUGAGACGGAAAAAAAAAAGGCAUUGCCCAAUUCACUUUGCAUCCUCUAUAUUUGGCACUGAGUUGAUUAUCAAAUACUCUUCAAUUUUAUUCUGAUUUUCACCCUUAUAGGUGGGAACUCCCAGCCAGUAUAAGCCAUAUCUUUAUAUUUAGGUUUUCACACAGAAAGAAAAGCUUACCUUUCAUCUACUAGCCCACCAAAACAAGUUCAGUGUUUCUAAAUCUCUUUUCAAAUUUUAAACAGAAACCUCAAAAUAACUUUUAGUUGAUUAGGAACCCAAGCCACCCUUUGUACCCUGUUGUAGAACAGUCUGUGCUUGCGCUUGGCAUCAGCAUUAAGGUUAGAAGGCACCGUCUGCGGGUCUGGCCUGGACUUCUUGUUUUUGUCGUGAUGCCAGGAGUGGCCUCUCCUUGACCCAGUUCUGAGCUGGGGCGAUGCGCGUGGGCGUAUUCACAUCCGUCGGGCUUUCUUCAUCUUUUCGUUUGGUCCAGAAGCCUCGACCUGCAACGCAAAUGGCAGGAUGCGGAAACUACCUCCCAAGUCACCGUCCAUCCCUGAUGGAAAGCGGGGAUGUCCAACUCCGCCGCCAGCAUUCCUCAAGACGACUUUGGGCGGGAACAGCCGAUGGCGCAUAGUUCUCAGGAAUAUUAAUGCAAAGGUGCCAUAAUAAGAACAUGAAAGCCCUGGGAAAAUACUAUAUUGCUGCAUCCUACGUGAAGUUUCUAGAGUCAGCUGGUGCGAGAGUGGUACCAGUAAGGCUUGAUCUUGAAAAUGAACAGUAUGAAAAGCUUUUCAAAUCUAUUAAUGGAGUCCUUUUUCCUGGAGGAAGCGUUAACCUUACGAGAUCAGGUUACGCUCGUGUGGCCAAAAUGUUUUACAACUUGUCCAUAAAGAGUUUUGGCAAAGGAGACUAUUUUCCUGUGUGGGGCACCUGCCUUGGAUUUGAAGAGCUUAUUUAUCUGGUCAGUGGAGAGAGCUUAUUAACUCUUACAAAUACUGUUGGAAUUAAACUGCCGCUGAACUUCUCUAGAGGUACAUUGCAGAGCAGAAUGUUCCAGAAUUUUCCUGCUGACUUGCUGCUGUCAUUAGCAGUAGAACCUCUGACUGCACAUUUCCACAAGUGGAGCCUCUCCGUGAUGAAUUUUACGAAGAAUGAAAAGUUAAAGGCGUUUUUCAAUAUAUUAACUACAAAUACAGAUGGCAAUAUUGACUUUAUUUCAACCAUGGAAGGAUACCGGUAUCCAAUAUAUGGCGUCCAGUGGCAUCCGGAGAAAGCUCCUUAUGAGUGGGGGCAAUUCGAAGGCAUUUCCCAUGCACCUAAUGCUGUGAAGGCUGCAUUUUAUUUAGCAGAGUUCUUUGUGGCUGAAGCUCGGAAAAACAAUCACCAUUUUGAAUCUGAUGUUGAAGAGAGCAAAGCGCUAAUUUAUCAGUACCGUCCAAUUUACACUGGAAACGUUUCUUCGUUCCAGCAAAGUUACAUAUUUGAUUGAAAGGCUUUGCUGUGUUAACAGGAAUUCUGAUUAAUUCCCUGAGUAAACUGUUAUAAUAAUGAAAAACGUGCUACUCGUGGCAGUAAUAGGUCACAGAGAUGCCUUUUCUGUGAUGUUACUGACUCUGAUUCUUCAUUCAGUAUUUUUGUGUAUCACAUUUGAUAAUCAGUGAGACACAUAAAUAAUCAUAGCGUGUUUCAUGGAAAAGCUUUGUUUUAUUUAAAGAUUAGGAAAUAAAUUUAUUGAAAAUACA